AUGAAAACUGGAGCAUAUGGAUUGCUUAACAAAGUUUCAUUUUGAAAGUGAACUGUCAAAUGUUUAUCCUCUAGCAUUUUACCUUUAAGACCGGAAUAUUUCAUGAGUGCUUUAUAUAAAGAUUUACUUCCUUCUCGAACCUUUAUCAAACAAUGGAAAAUGAGUUGAUAGAGGUGGAUUUACCACACUCUAAUCUGGAUUGGGAGUCGGUAAGUGAUGAGGAGUUAGCAUUUGAUGCUCAAGAUGUAUUGCGAUGUACCUAUUGUGAAAUUGAAAUUGCUACGCACUUUUGUCGUACUUGUACCGACGAACUAUGUCUAUCCUGUAGAAAAUUUCAUUUAAAAAGCAAGGUCCCUUCCGGACACGAAAUAGUGACAAUCAAAGAAAAGCAUGAAGAUGGGACAACAAUUGAGAAAUGCCUAAUUCAUGAAAAUAAUAUAUAUUUUGCAUGCUGUGUAGAAUGUAAACUUCCAGUCUGUACAGAAUGCAUGAAAACAAAACAUAAUGGACAUCCAAUAGUUGAUAUUUCACAAAUGUGGAAUGAAGAAAAAGAGAAAGUUGAACAAAGUAUCUCAAAACUCAAGGAAAGGAUACCAACAGAUCAAUUUGCUUUAUCUAGUGCUCGAGAGGGCAUGUUUCAAAUUGAAAAAUGGUUUGAAAAAAGAAGGGAGGAAUAUAAAAAAGAAGGCGAAAUAUUAAAGGAAAAAGUAGAUGAACUUGUUAUGAAAAAUAUAGAAAGGUCAAAAGAAGACGAGAGACAACAAAAACGAAUAUUUGAAGAAAUUGAAGAAGAAAAUGAAAUUGCACUCAGAGAUUUAAUCUCCAAAUAUGAAGAUCAAAUAUCAAAUGGUCAUCCUGCAGAACUGCUUGUAUUCCUGAAGGGGCACGUACUAAAUCCUCGGAAGACAGACAUAUUUCCUAGGAUCCAAGCAUUAAACGUAAAAGACGUUUGCACUUUAAAUCUACAACAUCAACCAGAAUCAGCAUGCUGUGCAGAGAGUAUCAUUAAAAUAAAGACGUCGCCUUUAAACGAAACAGAAUGGAUUAAAAUCGGAUAUCUCGAUGAUAAUGAAGAAAAAUAUCAUGGUAAGGGGAAUAUUCUUGUUGUCGCAAGCAUCGUCAUCGGAACAAGCCAUUCUUGUGCUGCCAUGUCCUUUCUACACGAUUUCAAAAGAAAUCCUUUGAAAAUCAGUUAUGUUUUUUCAAUUGCAAAUACCGUUCUACACAUUAAAAAUGGUGACAUUACAUAUGCAGAAGAGGAGGAGGAAAUUGAACACAUAGAAAACGAUAGGAAGGAAGUUUUAAAUUGUUCAUUUUUGAAGAUGAAAAUAACAGCUUCUUUGCUAAAACAUUCUACAAUGGAGGUAAAGGACGGAAGCACGAUUCAUUUUUCAACAUUUUAUACAAAGAUUGUUAAAUUUUGGAGGAACAGGGUUUUAAGCUAUUUGGAAGACAGAAACACCACUAUCAAAGAAAACGAAAUUUUAUGGGUUCUCUCAUUACCUCCCCCAUGGGAUUCCACUUCUGAAAAGCUGCUUUUGGAUUAUCUAGACCAAGUAAUGCAUGAUAUUAUAGAGAUAGAGUCUGUUUCAAAGGGUAACAGUUCAAAUUGA